UAUGCGUCACAUCAAAUAAAUAAAGAGGAGUGAGUGAGUGAGACAGACUAACAUUAGUGACCCUGUAGAUCGAUAGUGUCUUCCUUUCUCUUUAGUGUUUAAUAUCAAAGAAAACGGCCUUCUGACAUGGGAGAUCCCCAGAACAAUGGUAAGCUGGGCUCCUACUGCGUGGGCUGUGGCCAUCAGAUCCGGGAUCGCUUCAUCCUGCGGGUUUCCCCAGAUCUGGAGUGGCAUGCGCAGUGUCUGAAGUGCGCGGAGUGCCAGCAGUCUCUGGAUGAAUCCUGCACCUGCUUCUUCAGAGACGGCAAGACCUUCUGUAAAAACCACUACAGCAGAUUAUGCACCAGUAAAUGUGCAAAAUGCCACAAAGCCUUCAUCAGCAAGGAGUAUGUCAUGCGAACACGAGCAAAUAUUUAUCACGUCCAGUGUUUUCGAUGCGAGGGCUGCAAUCGUCCGCUAGUCCCUGGAGAUGAGUAUGUUCUGCGGGACGGUCAGCUGCUCUGUACAGACCACCAUGAGCUUUUCAACAAAUUCAGUGGUACUUCAGAUAACCAACAGAAAGAGACUGUUGAUCCGUCCGAGGGCAUCAGAUCCACACCGUCCUGGUCUUCGAUGCCGAGGAGGUCAGAGAGAUCCACGCGUGUGAGGACGGUGCUCAGUGAGUCCCAGCUACACAUGCUGCAGACCUGUUACAGCGCUAAUCCCAGACCGGACGCCCUCAUGAAGGAGCAGCUGGUGGAAAUGACGGGCCUCAGUCCUCGGGUCAUCCGCGUCUGGUUCCAGAACAAGCGAUGCAAAGAUAAGAAGAGAGGUCUGAUGAUGAGAAACACACAGAAGCAGCUUGAAUGCUGUCUGGUUUCAGAUGAUCCGCUACUGCUGGCCAGUCCAGAGCUGGACAGUGACUUGUUGAUAAACCCACCCUGGAAACUACUGACAGACUUCAUUCUGCAGAAGGAUGCCGAACACAGAUCAUACCAGCGAUUGCUUUCUUUAUCAAAGGAAGGUCCCUGUUCCACUGGAAGAGAAGUUGUGUCAAUAUCAGCUCAGCUAGCAGACACACCCAGCAGCCUCACAGCAAGUCCUGCAGACAUCAGUGAGUAAACUCAGCCUCUCCCACCACUGACACAGACGGUGCUGGACAGUUAACUGGGAAAAUAAUGAAGGUCUCCUUUAUAUUACACUGCCUUUUAAAAGUUUGGGGUCUGUAGGAAUUGUUUUUUUUUUUUUUUGAGAGAAGUAUCUUAGGCUCAUAAAGGCUGCAUUAAUACAGUAAAAGCAGAAAUAUUGUGAAAUAUUAUUACAGUUUAAAAAUAACUGUUUUCUAUUUGAAUCUAUUUUAAAAUGUAAUUUAUUUCUGUGAUUAAAGAUGCAUUUUCAGUAUCAUUACUCCAGUCUUCAGUGUCACAUGAUCCUUCAGAAAUCGUUCUAAUAUGAUGAUUUGUUGUAUUUAUAACAUUAUAAAUGUGUUUAAUGUCACUUUUGAUCAAUUUAAU